GAGAAUGUACUAAAGUUGAGGAACUAGAACAAAAGAAUACAGAGCUUGAGGCUAGGCUUGCGGUAGUGAAACAGAGUUCUGUGGUAGUGAAUAGACAACCACAGAAUAAUGAGAAAGUGAUACUAGAGAUGUUACCAGAAGUAUUUACUAAUAAUAAUUCCAUAGUAGACCAGCUCAAGCAACAUGAUGUUACUCCUGACUUAUCACCUGAUACAGAAACUUUAGUAGAUUCGAAAUUAUCACUUAGCAUAGACAAUAAUAUCUCUGCUUUGUCAUCUAUUGAGAAAGUGGUCUCUAAAGAGACUCCAGACAACUUAUCAUGUGACACGAAAAUAAUUACUUGUACCGAUAGCAAGGAUGCCCCAUCUAAUGAAAUAUCUAUUUCCUCAGUAGCAUCGGUUGAACUACAUGAUGAGUCCACUUUAAAUAAUGCAAUUGAGGGCUCUAUGCAGAGAUUAGCUUAUUGGAUUGAUGAGGCUAUAAAAAUGGGUCUAAAAGAAAUCUUAUACUUGUAUCAUUAUUCCUUUGAGUUUGAAGAAAAAGUAAAAAAUAUUAUAGCCGAUGGCAAGACUAAAGAUAAGACAGCAAGAUCGAUGAUAUACAAAGAUAUGUUGCAAAAAAGGGGUUGGGAUUGA